UACAGGCAAACAAUAUGAAAAUGUAUUUUUUUAAAUAAUUAAAAUAAGGCUUUCAACAAUAACUUUUCUCUAUAUAUUGAGCAAGUAUUCAGCCCCCUUUUGGUAAAAAAAAAAAAUGUCAGCCACAGUCUUUCACUUCAAACACAAAAAGGGAAUUAUCUUAUACUCCACUGUGCAGCUGAAGAGGUUCUCAAGCAAUACUCUAAUUUCCUGCCUUUUGUUUAAGAUUGUUUGGGAUUAGAUUUAGUUCAUUUUUGAUCCAGAACCAAUUUUACUGCAAAAAAAAGAGAUCUCUAUUGGACGACUGAUGUUUUGGGGGGUUUUUUUGUGGUUAUUUGGCCAUUUAAAAAGCAAUGCUUUCAGGUCACAAUAGAAAUAAAUGAAGUUAGUAAUUUGAGUGACAUUUUAGACAUUAAAGCAUCGGUAAAAGAUCAUAUCCACACAGUACUAUAUAUUGCUGUUUUAACGUUAAUGAAUAUAAACCAACUUACCACCGUAAUACAGUAUAUACAGUCAUCCCUCCCCAUUUUGCGGCUUCACUCUAUCAUGUUUUUUCAAUAAUAUAUGAAUAAAUCAUGCUGUUUCAUGGUUGAAUACUUAUUAGGCAAAAAAUUGCAUAUUUGAGUAAAUUUUAUAUAUUUUCAACCAUAAAAAUGAACUAAACCUAAAUGAACUAAAAUACAAUUGUAAGGCAUUCAGAAGGUGCAUUCAAAGACACUGGGAUGGUAUGUAGUGGUAGGGGUGCCACGAUACGAUACAUGUGAUUGGGUCUACGAGAACGAGACAAAUCAGAUUUUCACUUUACUUUUAAGAAAAGUACAAUGAGAAAUAUGGCAAUAUGGCAAAUAUGACAUGAUAUUGCAAUCUACUAAUAGAAUUUCUACUACGUUACGCUCUUCUGUACUCUGUGUGUAAGACUAAGACUGACAAAACUGCUCACUCUGUUCAUGCUUUUGUUCUAUGGAACUAAACGUGCCAAGGUGCUGAAACCAGUACACAGAGUGUGAAUCCUCUUCCUGCCUGUUUGGAGGCGGGACACAAGGAAAACAGACAGAAAAUCAUCAAGUUAAUUUUCAUUUAUUGUGCGAUUUAUUAAUUAUCAUCCCGGGUCUAGUGCCCACCAACAAGAAAUCUUGUCAUGUUUUAAUCUCGCAAGAUCUUCUGACACGCCUGGUACAGUAUGUAGUAUUCUAUACUGGUCACUAGGUGUCAGUAAUGUUACUGUACUAUUAUUUGAGGCACACACACAAGCACUUUUUAAUGAGUCAAGUGUUAACAUGAACUCUUAUCUUUUCAAGGGAGUGUAUAUAAUAAGGCAACUUUGUUGUCUUUUGUGUAGCCUAGUAAGAUGCUACAAACUCAUCUCACAUGAAACACUGAAAAUGCAUGAAAUAUCUGGUAACUUGUGUGAGGCCUAUUACACACGCAUGCUAACAAAAGAUGUUAGGUGACAUAAGAUUUUUGAAGAUUUAAACGUUUUUUUAUGUGCAUUUAUUCAUUUCCUGGAAAUCCAAGGAGGCACAAACAGCUGGAAUAGACUUGGUUUUAUUAGGACCGGUCAGAGGAAAAGGCACAUACUGUAGUAGUAAAAAAAAAAAAAAAAAAAGGUGCAGCAGUGUUUUGCACUUUACUCUUUGAUAAUGGUGGGGGUGAUCAUCUUAUGGAAGGAGUAGUAUUUGCAUUCAGUGGGUGGUACAAUGUCCAUGGUGGUAGUGCUUAUCUUCUCCUUCUUGAAGCCGGCUUCAAGCAGAUGGGGCACCUGGGUCUCCUGAAAUCAUUAACAAGAGUCGCUCAGUCACGUGAGAAGGCGCCGUUAUCUGCCUCAGCCACCACAUUUAUCAAUAACCUUCAAAUUGUCGCUGUAUGUUACAAUGUGGAUGAAUGUGCACUGCACGAACCCUUAAUGGGGAUCAUAAAACACAACAAUCCAGUUUGGAAAAUGCAAUAUUGAUCGACUGCAACAUGCAAAAACAGCAACUGACUUUCCUGAUAGUCUGUUAACCUUUUUAAAAAGAAAUCAGUGGAAUUCCAACUGUUCAGGGUCAUAGUUCAGCCGACGGGAUCUUUAAAAAAAACCCUAAUCAAAACUGGACUUUGUCUUGCUUUGGGUCAUUUAGUUGCUGACAUUGACACGUGUCCUAUAUAAGCAUGUUAAUCUUGUGAAGGGUGAAAAGUGGCCCAUAUAGGACAAACCGGUAUGCAUGCAUGCAUGUUCGUAGUGGACUCUCAUGUUUGUUUGUUUGUUUUAUACAUGUCUACCACCAUUACAUCUGUUAGUAUAAGGUGCAUUGCACUUCUUCACCUGGUCAAACAAGCAACACAAAUGCUAUUUGUAUAUUUUUUCAUUCUGUCAACCAGUCAAUGGGCAGGAGCAUGUCUAGCUCCACCCUAUAAACUGCCCUACCAUGUCUGGGACCCCACAGUGCGGCCCAGAUAUUUUGGCAACCAAGCAGAAAUGCUAGGGGAGAUGGAGGCUAUAAAAGCUGGCAGCUUGUGACGAUCCCAACAUCUCACUAUAAGGCUCCUUUCCGCUUGGGCGCUUUGCUGAUGAAGGUAACCGACCUUAAACAUGGUCUCGAUGUUGUCGUAUUUGCUCUUGAGCAGCUCUCCCCAGGAGGUCAGGUUGCAGUAGGUGAGGACGCCACCGCUCUUCAGCAGCCUGUGUGCGUGACCCUAGAGAGAUGCAUAAGACAAUUCAGACAUGUACAGUACAGUAGAUUGCCAGGGGGUUACCAUCCGGGACCACCCACAGAUGGCAAACAAAAUGUCUAUUUUGACAUACCAAAAGGCAUGCUGGGUAACUUCCUGUUGGGGAAGUGUGCGCGGCAUGGUGUUGCAUGUAUCUUUGUGUGUAAGCAUCAAUUUCAAUUAGGGCUGUCAAAAUAGCGCGUUAACGGCGGUACCUAUUAUAUUUAAUUAAUUUACGUUAAAUUUUUAGCGUAAUUAACGCACACACAUUAUGGCAAGCCACAGCUCUCUAUUAUGACGACAGCACAGUGUAGCUCCCCACAGAGUCAUACAGUGUCUGACCCUCUUUUAUAACUUUAUUCUUACCUGAACACAUCAACAGCAGUGCAAUUCCAACACCUUAUAUGUAUCUCCUACUCCAGACAAACAUGUCUCUAGUCCUUUCAAUGCAACAACACUUCCUCAUUGUCACGAGACAGCGCGAGAUGCGUUCAUGGGCACUCCGAACACUACAACAACGUUUUCAUUAUGCACGUACGUCAAUAAGUGGAUAUUCUUAUCACUCACUUUGUAACUCUUAAUGCAGAAGUACAAUUUGCUGAAAUUAAGUGUGCUCGGACAUCCCAGAAAAGUCACUCAAAACGUGAAUACAAUUUAAAUGACGUGGUGUCUUUGAACGCAACUCCUCAUUUCUCGUAACAACGCAGUUAAAGUCUGAUUCAAAUAUUUUGCUAUUAAAGAAACCAGUGUUAGGUAAAUAGAUUUUCAGACACCCCCCCAUCCCUUUCACAUCAAUUGCAAUACAUGUGAUCACUUCCUAUAUUCCAAAUGUACUCUUUGCUAGUUUAAAAUGCAUAGGAAAUUGAUAUGGUAAUAUAAAAAGGUUUACAUAGUGUGAAAUGGAUAUUAAUCGUGAUUAAUUUGAAAACCGUGAUUUAUCUGAUUAAAAUUUGUAAUCAUUUGACAGCCCUAAUUUCAAUACCUACAUUGUCCGUGUGGUACAGUUACAUUGUGUGUUCCACACAUUAUUUUUCAUUGCACCGUGAGUGAGUUAGCCAUUUGCGGUUUAUAAGCUCCUGUUGGCUUGCGAGUGUAAAUAUAAAGAACACCUAUUGAAGCAAGUUGAAGUUUGCCCCAGACAACUUUUUGUGCAAGCUUUACUAAUGCAGGGCUAAUGAGAUGGGUUUUUCUGCCAAUAAAUAAAUGGCCAAGAUAGUAAGCACAGAAUGUAUGAAUAUGCAGGGAUCUACUGUACUGCCAGAACAUUUGAACCUUUGAGCUGUUUCUCUACCAACCUUGAUAAAGUCAAACUGGUGAGUGUGCCAGGAGUCCUCGGACAGAGGGUAAGUGUCAUAAAGGAUACCUGGAAAAGAGGGGAAGAUGCUUGCACAUACAUUUCUACUUCCAUCAGGUCAACAGAUGCAGCCACAUUCAUCCGUUAUUUGCAUACGCAGUGAUUUCAUACCAUCAAAGUGGUUAUCUGGCAGGGUGGGCACAACCUGCUCCCAGAGGCCCUUCAGAGGAACAACCUGCGGAGACACACAACCUCAUUCCACUCACCUUUACGUGUUUCACCGCCAAGCAUAUUGGUGGAGUGCUACUGACCUUGUGUGGCUGACACUUUGCCCAAUUCUCCAGUCUGGCAAAGACUCCGUCAUUGCACUCGAUGAUCCAGUGCUCCUCGAUGGGGAACGACUCCAGUUUGGUGGCAGCGAUGGCCAUGCCGAAACCGAUCUCCAAAACGCGACCGCCUAUUGGAGAAAAUAACCACCUUAACCUUCUUGUGGAGUUUAUUUAAAUUGGCAGCCUUAUUAUGUUGUGUCUUCAUUUUGUCAGUGCAUGCAGUACACAAAAGAAGCAGGCGGAUUUAAAUGUUUGAUUUAUGGUUCCCUGUGUCUUUAAGGCACACCAGUUGGUUGGCUAUGGCUGGAAAAGCUCAUAGGGUUUCAAGAAUAUAAAAAUAGAUGUGAGUAGAGGCCUGAGAUUUGUCGUUGCCCGGCUCCUUGUGAUUGAUUGGCCUUCAACCAUUUACACUGGUAAUUGCAAUUUCAAUAUAAUGUGCACUGAGCUGAGACUGUAGUGCAGACAAUAGUACAAUAUAUUCAAAGAAAUCGUCACACCUUUAAUAUCUGCAGCAUAAUGUAUACAUGGAUGAUAAAGAUAAGACAGUCAAAUAAAAAGUACUGACUUAACUGACUGUUCACACACACAGGGGUGUGUAAGGGUCUAUUUUCACACAAAGCAAAGAUGAGUUUGCCGUCCUCCCCCCUGCAGACAUCUUGGCCAACCUCCACUAGCACAGUGACAGCUGCUGGAGUACUCUCCCAGCACCGUGCAGCUCGCUUUCACAUAUGUGCUCCGCAGGGGAGGGGUGGCCGAAUUGAUCCAAGCAGUAUUUAUUAUGUUCUACAUUUAUUUUACAUGUAUAUAUUUUUUGUUGAUUUUCUUAUAUUGUUUACUUACUCGGGGAAUACGUUUUUGGACACGGGAGGGCUUUGGGGGCAAACAGCCAAAGAAUUUGAAUGACAGCCAAUAGUAGAGUUAUUUUGCACAAUUGUAUGUAAUAAAAGAGUUUUUUUAUAUUGUUGCAUUGUCUUACAUUUGUUGUAUUUUAUAUUGUGUAAUUUUUGGUAUUUAAUUAAUACUAAUAAUAUUAGUAACUAGGAGAUCGGGAAGAUGUGGGUUCGAAUCUCCGCUUGGGCAUCUCUAUGUGGAGUUUGCAUGUUCUACCCGUGCGUGCGUGGGUUUUCUCCGGGUGCUUGGUUUCCUCCCAGAUUCCAAAAACAUGCAUGUUAGGUUAAUCGGUGGCUCUAAAUUGUCCAUUGGUAUGAAUGAGAGCAUGAAUGGUUGUUUGUCUAUAUGUGCCCUGCGAUUGACUGGCGACCAGUCCAGGGUGUAACCCGCCUCUCGUCUGAAGUCAGCUGGGAUGGGCUCCAGCACACCCCCUAAUGAGGAUAAGCGGCAUUGAAAACAAAUGGAAUAUUAGUAACUAAUUAAUAUUAGUAUCGGCAAUACUGGCCCAUGUAUUUACUUGGUAUCAGAUUGAUACCAAAAUCUGCAGUAUUGCCCACCCCCACCAGAGGGUUCAGCAAAAAAGCAAAACUUUGUUAAUAUGCAUAUUUAAAUCGUCGUAUACUAAGCAUAUGACACAAAACAGUGCAUCAAAAGUGAUGAAAGUAGGUUUCAUUCAUAUUAUACACAUAAUGUUACUUUACAUGGUCAAAUUGUGAGAAACUACACCAAAUAUCGGACGACGCUGUCAAACAACGCCAUUGUCCGAUAAUGGAAACUGACGAACACAACUACCUUUGGAGGCAGCCACCGUCGACAGAGAGUGCAUGUAGGGGGUCUCCCAGCGCUCCAUCACGGGCUUGCCCAUGAUCUCCAGGUGAGUGUCGGCGUCAUUGUAGCCAGCGUUGGCGUCAUGCCAUGACGACUUGCAAUCUUCUCCCUUUGAGAAUAUAGGCUGGCCGGCGGCGGAGGUCAUUUUGUGUCGCGCUGCUUCGAUUCCGGGAGAUGGCUCGCCAAACUGUGUCUUCACAGCGAGGAGGGCGAAAAGCGAGAGGCCGGGGUUUAUAUUGGGCUGCGCCGUGCUGACACUGCGGGAGUUGGGCGACAGGUCAAAAGCUCAACAGAGGGAACGGUGGUCGCUCAGCCAAAGAUUGUUUCCAAUAACUAAGUGGAACUACGUUCUUCAUCACGGAAAUCUGACCAGAACUGGACUUAGGAGGCCAAGUGCAGAAAAUUAUUUGUUGGUGGACUGGACUGGAGCACCACACAAGAGACCCUGAGAAACUACUUUUCACAGUAUGGGGAAGUAGUAGAUUGUGUUAUAAUGAAGGACAAAACUACUAAUCAGUCGCGAGGCUUUGGUUUUGUCAAAUUCAAAGACCCCAAUUGUGCACGGGCAGUGCUGGAGACAAAGCCCCACAUUCUAGAUGGGAAAAAUAUUGACCCAAAGCCAUGCACUCCUCGAGGAAUGCAACCUGAAAAGUCUCGAACUAAAGAAGGAUGGAAGGGCAGCAAAGCUGAUAGCAAUAAAUCAAAGAAGAUAUUUGUAGGUGGAAUCCCCCAUAACUGUGGCGAGCCUGAACUCAAGGACUAUUUCAAUAGAUUUGGAGUGGUCACAGAGGUGGUAAUGAUGUAUGAUGCGGAGAAGCAGAGGCCCCGAGGUUUUGGAUUUAUUACUUUCGAGGCCGAACAAUCAGUGGACCAGGCUGUCAACAUGCAUUAUCACGACAUCAUGGGCAAAAAAGUUGAAGUAAAGAAGGCUGAACCUCGUGACGAUAAAGCUCCUGGCCAGCUUGGCCCAGGCCAGUGGGCACCCAGAAGCAUCCUAAGUGCAGCUAAUGGUUGGCCAGCGCAGCCCGCUCAGACGUGGCAACAACCUUACGGGCCACAGGGAGUUUGGGUGGCGACUGCCGGCCAGCCUAUAGGUGGUUAUGGACCUCCAUUAUCAGCGGGCCGGGGAACCCCCACACAGCCCCCUUCACCUUUUAGUGCAUUCCUGGUCACAACCCCAGCGGGCAGCUUUGCUGCACCUCAGGGCUACCCUCAGCAGGGCUUCAGUGCAGCACCUCAGUUUGGUUACAGUUUUGGCACUCCUCAAGCCGACCAGUAUGUUCCACAGGUUCCUCCUCCACCUACUACUCCAGGAACUGCAACAUUGGGCUUUGCUCCCACCACUACACCAACUCAGGACUUGAGCAAAGCUUCCGUUGGGCAGCCUGAAUUUCCGUAUAGCCAGUAUGGGUACGGCCAGGACUUGACGGCCUUUAGCCACACCUUUGCAGACCCCAGCCAGUCGACGGCAUACGGGGCACCGACAGCACAGCCCGCCACUGCUCCACAGCCCGCCGCCAGCGCGUUUGGCAGAGGGCAGAACCACAACGUACAAGGCUUCCACCCAUAUCGACGUUGACCCUCGCUUUGUCGCAGGGGCCCUGUGUAAAGUUCAAACAAAAAACAAUCUGGGCAAAAAUGUCAGGGAAAUGUGUGAUAGAUUGUUCUAUGGGAAUUUUUGAAUGCACAUUGUGGUAUGGAAACCACAAUGAAAGUAGGUUAUGUCGAAAAACUUGUAAAAAUAUUUUUGUUUGCCUAAUUUAUGGAAAAUUUAACAGAAAGAUACUUUUAUCUCCAAUCCCCCAACCAUAUUUUAUAGUAGAACUAAACUACUUUGCAAUAAUUUUGAUUGUCUUGUCAAACACUAGCACAGAGACUAUACGGAAAGAGACUCUCAUAUAAAUAUGUAUGUUUAUGGUUGACUAAAAUGAAAACAGGGUUUUGAAUUUCCUCAGCUUUAAAUUCUAGGGAAAUUGUUUUUAUUUGGUGAAUAUUGUUUACUUUCUGAGCCUUUCAAGUUUGUUUGAAAUUGAGAUUAUAUAUAUAUAUAUAUAUAUAUAUAUUAUACACAAACUGUGCAAUUUUUUAAAAAGGAAUUUUGUACUAUAAAUGUACACUUUGCUUGUUUUUUUUAAUUUAAAGUUGUAGACUUCCCUCAGGUGGCUGUUUUGGGUGCAUUUUGCACUAUGCAAAAAGGACAAAUUAUUUAAAAAGAAUAAAUGUUUUAAGGAUAUGAUCUGUCCAAUGAAUUUGACUGAACUGCUGCUUUUUUGAAAAUGCAAAUCUUUAAAAAAAAAAAAAAAAACAGACAAUAGGGUCCACAGAAGUUGAUCCACGGCACAUAGCAGAAUUUUAAUUAAACAAAAAACAGCAACAAUUUGAAAAAUAA